AUGGACUCACCUCAGCAAAGAUGCGUUGUCUGGAUACACUUCAUUGCUCUUGCAGUUUCGGUGAACUGUCUGAGCCGAAGCGACCUAUUCGAUUAUGGGGUGCAGUUUGGUGAUCAAAUCUUAGGGCAGGGAACUGACGCAACAAAAGAACUUACACUGGAUCAAGAUUUGAUUUUCUUCGACGACACGUUUGAAUCUGUUUACGUUAACACCAAUGGCUUUGUGUCUAUGGAAAGGCCUCCAGAUGAGUCUGACUACCUGGGGAAGAUGCCUGCCAGUUUUGGCCUCAUUGCGGCAUUCCUUGGAGAUCUCGAUACCAGCGAUGGCAUUGGGAAAGUUUACUUUAGACAGGACAGCAGCUCUGAUGUGCUUCAGCGGGCUGCCCGUCACAUCAGUCAGGCCUUCCCAUCUGACGACGAGGUUGAGACGACGCAUGCCUUCAUCGUGACCUGGGAAAAUGUGGCGGCUUAUAACUCUGCUGGUCGAGGAGACGGCUUCAACAAAGAGAGAAACACUUUUCAACUUGUUGUGGCAUCCAUGGAUUCUGCUUCCUAUGCUAUCUUGUUGUACCCAAGAGAAGGCAUGCGUUACCUGUCCACACCUUUAGAGGGCGAGAACAAGCCCGUUCAUGCUGGCUUCAGCCAGGGCGAGAUUAAAGGUUGGUUCGGUUGGACCAGCCAGGGCCCGUAUUAUCGCAUCACCAGCGAUGAUGAGGAGUCAGUCAGAGAUCUUACAGAAGAGACUAAUGCAGGCAGACGUGGUGUGUGGGUGUAUGAGAUUGGUACGUCCCCUCUCUUCUCCUCCAUCACGCCAGGUGAAACCAUCGACCUGUCCCCAGAGGACAGUGUACCAGGAGCAGCUGGCCCUGAGACCACUGUAAGGGUUCCAGAACCCCCUGUGAGGGUCCAGAUCCCAGAAUAUCCUCCCUAUGAGCCAGAGAGGCGUCCGCCUGUACAGGAGUCGGUACCAGUGAGUCCCGCUCAGUUCCAGCCCAGGUACCCUCAGCCUGCUCAGCCACAGCCAGCCCAGCCGCAGCCACAGAACCCGCAGGUAGUAGUGGUGGAUGAAGAUGACCUGGAUGUGGAUGUGUUUUCUUACAAUUAUGAAACCUGCUCCAAUAACAGACAGAAGUGCUCAUCCUUUGCUGACUGCCGAGACUAUGCCAAUGGCUACUGCUGCCAUUGCAGACCUGGGUUUUAUGGCAAUGGCAGAGACUGUGUUGCUGAGGGAAAGCCUCAGAGGAUGAAUGGGAAAGUCAAUGGAAGGAUAUAUGUAGGUAACUCUCGCACACCAGUGGAGUUCACCAGUAACGAUCUGCACUCAUAUGUGGUUGCCAAUGAUGGACGAGCUUAUGUGGCCAUAAGCACCAUCCCUACCAGUGUGGGCCCCUCUCUGCAACCCUUGGCCUCCCUUGGAGGGGUCAUCGGCUGGGCCUUUGCCCUGGAGCAACCAGGAUAUGAAAAUGGCUUUAGUAUAGUGGGAGGAGUAUUCACUCGUCAGGCGGAGGUGACCUUCUUGCCUGGCAACGAGAAACUGACCAUCAAGCAAGAGUUUAAAGGCAUUGAUGAGCAUGAUCAUCUGGUGGUGAACACCCAGCUGGAGGGGAAAAUCCCUGAGGUACCACGAGGAGCCACAGUACAGAUUGAUCCUUAUACAGAGAUCUACCAGUACUCCAGCAACUUGAUCACCUCCUCUUCCACAAGGAGCUACACAGUGAGUCUUGCAGAUGAUACCGUCCAGACGAAAAGCUAUCAGUGGAGGCAGUCCAUUGUGUUUCAGAGCUGCCCACAUGACGAGGCUAUGCAGUCAUUGCCUCCCAGCCAACAACUCAGUGUGGAUCAAAUCUUUGUCAUGUAUGAUGCUGACAACCAGCUGAUCCGCUAUGCCAUGAGCAACAAGAUUGGCUCCGUUCACAGUGGGCCUCCAGAGCAGAACCCAUGUUUCACUGGCAGACACGGCUGUGACACCAACGCAGUCUGUCAGCCGGGCCAAGGCAACGAGUUUACGUGCAAAUGUGCCGCUGGUUUUACUGGGGACGGACGCACGUGCUAUGAUAUUGAUGAGUGUAGGGAGACUCCUCAGAUCUGUGGCCCUAAUGCUGUAUGCAACAACCAGCCCGGAACCUUCCGCUGUCAGUGUAUGGAUGGUUUCCAGUUUGCCAACGACGGGCGUACUUGUGUUGAGGUGAACCUGCCUGUUGAUCACUGUCAGAGGGGCACCCAUAACUGUGACAUCCCUGAGCGGGCACGCUGCAGCUACACCGGUGGCUCCUCCUACGUCUGCUCCUGUCUGCCCGGCUAUGUGGGCGACGGCAGGGCCUGUCAGGAUAUAGAUGAAUGCCAACCUGGCCGUUGCCACAGGGAUGCAGUUUGCUACAACACACAAGGUUCCUUUACCUGCCAGUGUCGUCCAGGUUUCCAUGGUGAUGGCUUCAGUUGCACACCUGAUUCUGAACGUGAGAAAACCCCAUGCGAACUCCACAGAGAGAGUGCUUUGGCUGCCACCUCCUCUUCUGGAUACUUCUUCUUCCGUCCGCGUCCGGCUGUUGGCCAGUACGUUCCUACGUGUGAUGCUUACGGUGCCUAUGAGCCCACGCAGUGUCACGGUAGCAUUGGCCAGUGCUGGUGUGUGGACCGCAACGGGCAGGAGAUCCCAGGAACGAGGACCGGGCCCGACAGCAGACCCUCGUGCUUUGACCAUGGUGUGGCCCCCCCUCCCGUUGGCCCCACCACCCGACCUGAUGUUACACCACUGGCCCCUGGGGCUAAUCUCCUGUUUGCCCAGAGUGGCAGAAUUGACCACAUCCCAUUGGAUGGCAACAGUAUGAAGAAAGAGGAGGCCAAGACUAUGCUUCACCUACCUGAUAAAGUGGUGAUUGCAGUGGCCUAUGACUGUGUGGAGAAGAUGGUGUAUUGGUCUGACAUCACCCAGCCUUCCAUCAGCAGGGCCAGCAUGCAGGGGGGCCAACCCAGCACUGUCAUCUCCACAGAUUUGGGCAGUCCAGAGGGAAUUGCCAUUGACCACCUGUCACGUAUCAUGUUCUGGACGGACUCUUUGCUCGAUCGCAUUGAGGUGUCCAUGUUGGAUGGGCGUCAUCGCCGCGUUCUCUUUGAUAGUGACCUCGUCAAUCCACGACCCAUUGUUGCAGACCCGGUUAAUGGACGAUUAUACUGGGCAGACUGGAAUAGAGAUGGCCCUAAGAUUGAGAUGGCAAAUAUGGAUGGAACAGACAGGACUGUCCUGGUGCAGGAUGACCUUGGAUUGCCUAACGGCCUGACCUUUGACCCCCAGGCCCGGCAGCUGUGUUGGGCGGAUGCAGGUACACGCAAAGUGGAGUGCAUUGACCCUUAUUCUCGCCAGAGGAGGAAAGUAGUGGAUGGUAUUCAGUACCCCUUUGCCAUUGUGUCCAGUGGAAGAAAUCUCUACUAUACUGACUGGAGGAGGGAAGCCGUGGUGGCGGUGGAUCGUUUGGCUGAGAAAGAGGUGGAUGAGUUCCUGCCGCAGAAGCGCUCGCGGACGUACGGUAUUGCCACGUCCACCCCUCAGUGCCUGCGAGGAGUGAACUACUGCUCGAGAAACAACGGAGGCUGUUCACACUUGUGCCUGCCAAGGCCAGGCGGGUAUACUUGCCGAUGUCCGGAUGCCAGGGAUGGCACAUGUGUGGAAAGAGACCAGAACUUCUGA